AGUGUGUGUAUAUGUUGGUGUGAGUGUGUGGGUAUGCUGUUGUAGGAAUUUCACCAGAGGCUUAAUUUCAUCAUUAUAGGAAUAUUGCAUCAGUCACUAAUUGCGCCGUGAUUAAUUGUGUGUGUAUGUUGUCGCUUUAAGAAGUGUCGUUUUAGCAGGGCGACAGCGUAGUGUCGCUGUCGCCGAGUGUGGUUCGGUGGUAAGCAUAGAAUGAAGAAGGGACGACGCAGGCAGUUGCGUAUAGAUCGUCGUGUAUGCAAAACCGAAACUCGCUGUGUUAUUACGAUGUCGGAAAAUAGCGGCGCUGCAACAUCAGAAGUGGGAUCUGGCUCGCUACCUAAUGAUUCAGAUGGACCAUGGCGAAUUUUGAUGGAAAUGCAAAAUAAAAACUUGAUCGAGCUUAUUAAAGCUGUACAAUCGGCGACACCUGAAACAACAAACAAAAAAACAAUUGUGCUUCCAAAAUUCAACGCAGACCUUGAUGGCGCCGACGCGUCGGCCUGGUGUUCAACCGUAAACAUAAUUUUGGCAGAAAAUACUAUAAAAGGCAGCGAGUUGGUAAUGGCUUUGAGUGCAUCGUUGGAAGGUAGUGCGUCACAGUGGCUUCCGCAAAUAUGUUAUCCAGAGAUAACUUGGGAUGAAUUUAAAGAACUUUUCAUGCAGCGUUUUGGCAUUGUAGAAACGCCAGCGGCCAUGUUUUUGUCAAUGCUAGCUAAUUGUCCGACCGAUGGCGAAUGUCUCUCCAAUUAUGCUAGUCGUAUGGUGACGUCACUUAUCACGAAAUGGCGUGACAUGAACGUAGAGGAAAUUGCAGUUUCUGUGACUCUUGCGAAGAUGGCUCAUGUUGAUAACAGAUUGCAGCGUUUAACCUUUACUUCGAAUAUGCGCACCAGAAGUGAAUUGCAAACUGAGCUUAAAGCAUUCGCGUUCAACAAGAGGAAGAAAAAUUCACAAGAAGAAAUAUCGUCACCUGACAGAAAGCGUUCGAAACUUUCAACAAUAAAAUGUCAUUUUUGUGGAAAAUUAGGCCACAAGAUGAUGGAAUGUCGAGCUAAGCAGCAGCAAAAUCCGUCUUCUCAUGCUACGAACAGUAGCGGCAGGAGUGUAUCUGGCCACCAUCAAAAAGCGAAUGUAACCUGCUUUAAGUGUGGUGAACUUGGCCAUAUUUCAACACAUUGCAGUAAGCCUAAAGUGGACAAGAUCAAGGAUACACAUCAGAUGAAAAGAGUGGAGCUUUGCGAAGUUGUUGAGCCCAAAGGAGAGAUGGUUCAUCGAGGUGAGACGUUUAUAACAACGUUCGACUCUGGAGCGGAAUGUUCAUUAAUAAAACAAAAGAUAAGUCACAAAUUAGUUGGUAAAAGAAUUAACAAUGUAGUGAUGCUGAAGGGUAUUGGUAGUGGCGGCAUAUGUAGUACAUUGCAAAUACUUAGUAACGUAAAAAAUUAAUCAACAUUGUAUUGAAAUCUUGUUUCAUGUUUUGGAUAAUGAG